AUGGCCCGGCGAAUGCUGGUCCUCAUGGCGCCCCUAACGUGGGCGCUGAAGAUGAGAGAAGACAAGCUCUGCUCCGACUGGACCUGCGGCACAGGGUUCGUCGCCAAAAUUGGUCAUCACGAGCUGGGGGGAGGCAGCGACGCCGAGUGCUGCGACAAGACCUGCGCCCUCUGGAAAUGCGGCGAAGGCUAUGCGCCCAACGAGGCGUACAGCAGCAAUGUUGCGCAGACUGACCAGCAGUGCUGCGACGAAGUGUGCUCAACAAAGGUGGAGUGUGCAGAUGGCUGGGCCCUGAACCCAAAGAAGCUGGGGAAGAACGGCAACACCCCAGAGGAUUGCUGCGUGCCUUCCUGCUCUCGUUACACUUGCCCCGUGUCUUACCAGCUAAAGGAGAAGGCGGGGGAGAUCAUUGCCAACGACACUGAGCACUGCUGCGAUGCGCUCUGCAGCGCCUAUGAGUGCCCGAAGGGCUACAAGGCCGACCCCUCGCGGGGGAAUGUCACCGGGAGCAGCCCGGAGGAAUGCUGCAUGCAGGAAUGCGCCCUGUUCGAUCACCUUUGUCCUGCGGACCACGGGGUGCCUCCAGAGAAGCGGUGUGAACUUGGCAGGAGCACUGUGGAAUGUUGCAAGCCAAAGUGCAAACUCUUCAAUUGCAGCGCCGGCUGGGCGCACAACCACUCCAAUGAUGGCGAGUACGGUCACACCGACGAGGAAUGCUGUACGCCUACCUGCGCAGUCUUCGAGUGCCCAGCAGCGGAGGGGUGGAUGAAGGCUGACAUGAAGAAGGGAAAGGUCGGCAAAGAUCCUGAGACCUGCUGCGCUCCGGCCUGCAGCAGGUAUAACUGCAGCGCUGGCUGGGUGUCAAGCCCCGAGGAGGCAAAGAACAGCAACAAGACGGGCAGCGAUGAGGCCUGCUGUCUCGAGACCUGCGAGCUCCACAACUGCCCCUCUCCUCUCGUGGCGAAGCUCAACAUGAGCUCGGAGGUCGGCAACACCGACGAGGUGUGCUGCGAGCCUCCUUACUGCGAUCUCAUUCGCAAGAAGCUGAAACGAGCCCCAAAAGGCUGCCAGGAUAUCAGUCAAGAGUCGUGCGACCAGCACUUCUACUCCUACAAGGACAAUAGCAGCCAGACUGUUGUCGUGGAGUGCGACUACGAUGGCGAUAUCGGGAUGUGCCGGAACCAAGGGAAGCGCACCGAGGGCUGCAAGUUGGCCUAA